UAACAAUUGUUUAUAAAAAUACAAAACAUAAAUGUUUUAUUAAAUUGCAAUCAAAACCAAAGAUUAGUCAAAAUGUUUGCCAAUUGUUAUAAGAACUCAAUAUUUGAGUCAAAAAUACAUUUAAUAAAUGGUUUAUUAAAGAGUAAAACGAGUCAAACAAAUGUCACACAAAUGUAAACAAUGGCUCUAUUGUGGAGAAGAGCUGUCCUUUUGCUAGUCUUUGUUAUAGCAGUUCUUCAGAUAAUUCAUAUGAUAUUAUUGAGUCGUUUGGAGUCUAAACGAAGUGAACGCCAAAAGAGGGGACAAGUAUUGAAUGAAGGGUUGAAUGCAUUCAACGAAUACAAGCCCUCAGACGUGGAGUCCGAUCGCAAACACAUGUAUCAUAUGAUAAGACAGACCAGUGUUUUGGACUCUUCGGGCGAAUAUCAUAUCAUAAACUUCUUCAUCAGAAGUCAAUCUCUCGGCUCUCGUAAUCAUAUUCGACACGACAUUAGUUUAGUCUCUCAGACAAGUGUCUCACAAAUGUAUAAUUUAGACCUUUUGGCCCAUCGAUGGCACGGAUUGGCCUCAAUAUCAGUGUUCGCUUUAUCACAAGACAUCCCUUUAGUCAUUGAAAUGAUAUUACUUUUGCGUCGAUGUUAUCCAUCGAUACGUCGAAACCUUAGCUUUCAUUUGGUGUAUCCGUUAAUAGUGCCGAAGCCGGCCAUCGGAGCCACAACUCUAUCGCCUCGACUUCCUAUUGAUAUCAUAUCGAAAGAAGAGAACUGCGAUCGACUCCAGAGUUUGUUGGCAUCGAUUGAGUCCAAUGCCAUUAAUUACGGCCACUCAGGCGUCGCAUAUCCUAACAAUUUGUUACGAAAUGUCGGCCGAAGAAACGCUUUAACAGACUAUGUAUUUGUUGUGGACAUUGAUUUAGUGCCAAACGAUGGUCUCUACGAACAGUUCUUUGAUUUCGCAAAACAAAACAAACUCUUCACUGAAGAGCACAAGAAGGAGAAAGUGGUUUAUGUGGUGCCGGCCUAUGAGGUCAACACACUAUCGUCUACUGAAUCCGAUUUGAAACUCGAGACAAUAGACCAAUUGAUACCUAAAGACAAACCGGAAUUAUUGCGAAUGAUUGAGUCGAUGAAUGCGCGACCCUUUUAUAUAGAGAUGUGUUGGAAGUGCCAGAAGUAUACCGACUAUGAGAACUGGCAAAAGCACUCGUCGGCUAAGUUUGACAUAUUGUUUGAGGUGUUGUGGAGAGACCCGUGGGAACCCUUCUAUCUCAGCGCCAAUACUGUCCCCCUCUAUGACGAGCGCUUCCGACAGUACGGCUUCAACCGAAUCAGUCAAAUAUGCGAACUCCAUAUGUCUGGCUAUAAGUUUUCAGUCCUCAACAAUGCCUUCGUUAUCCAUAAGGGCUUCAAAACUGCCGACUCUUUCCAUAAGGAAAAGGAUUUAGAGCUCGAGAGGAAUCGGGCGCUCUUCAGACAAUUCAAAGCUCAACUCAAAGACAAAUACCCAGAAUCUUCUCGUCUGGCCGACGAUCCCCGGUAUCACAAGAGACCCGCUCUCGUCUUUGACAGACACCGACGUCUAUUGGAUCCGUUGAAUCAGUCCACGUUCUUCACCAACACUGUUCUCGAGGGACGCGAAGAAAUGCCCGAAAAUAUCAAUCACUUGAUGUCUGACAUUGAAAUCGAUGACAAUUUCAUUGAUCUCAUGAGACGACGACUCGAAUGGUCGAAGUCUUCGGAUUCAAUACUCCGAAAGCUUCCAUUGGAUCGCGAGUUCCCAUAUCUGGAUCAAAGGCCGCCAAGAGUUUGGGGAAUUCCUAGCAAUCGAAAGGAAUACAAUUAUUUGAGAACUCUUUACGAUUUGACACAAAUUUUGUCGACAAAAAUCUUCGGAUCGUUUGAUGUCCAGAAGAUAUCAUAUCCUUAUUGUUGUGUCCCUUUUGAACGAAACGAAAAGCUAAUUGUUUUUGAUUUGGAGACCGAUUUCAUAUCUGUGUCUAAAUUGAGUCAUUGUUUACCACUUUUUAGUACAACUCCAUUGAAAACAAUUGAUAAGUCGUUGACAUCAAUAGAACCGCUUUCGUGGACCACAUGUUUUGUUGAGAAGAAUAUAUACCCAACGGAUUACUCGUUCAAAUUGCCGGACAAUCACACCAUUCAUACGGUUUACUUCACUCACAAUCAGUUGAGACAAUUCGAUGACUACACACUCGUCGGUCGAGCCAUCAAUUAUUGUUACGGCUAUACGACAGCUGUGGCCCGACUCGAGUCCGGCCAUAAUUCCGACAGCAAAGAACUCGUGGAUCCGAUUCCCGUUCAAUGCGUUUUCAUUAAUCCGCACGACUUUUCGCUGGGAUUUGUUUGCUUUCAACUCAAUACCACUUCUUUUGACUCAUCUCUUAAGAAUCAAAUUUGGAUUAAGACUGGAGUCAAAGACAGCAAAGAUAUCAUUAAACAUUUGCUCGCAUUUCAAAUUAACGGUUUCGUUGAUUCAGUCACUAAAACCUUAAAGACUAGUAUCAAAACUAAUGAGUAA